GGGGAGAGAAAGGAGAGAGAAAGUGAGAAAGUCAUAUAUCUGGAGUCUCGCUCUUUCUCUGAGAAUCGCCAUUGAUUCAAAACCCUAAUUCCAGAGGGAGACAGCGAGAGAGAGCUAGGGCAUUUUCAUCUAUGAAAAACCCUACAACUCAAGAUUCAACGAUCAAGCUGGAGGCGGCGUAGAUGCAUGUAUCCGGAUUCUCUUUGGAUCUCAAUUGGUUUCUGCAAUUCAUAUUCACAUCCUUCGUCGUCGCUUUAGGACUGCUCCAUUUGGUGAAGAACACGGCGUCGAAGUACUUCGUCGUCGACGCCAAUUUCGAAGGAGGACGAGGAGGAGGAGGAGGAGAAGGAGGAGGUGCUGGGGCUGGUGACGUCUCGGUGCCCGGCGGUGGCCGGAGUGAUCCCAGCAUCAUGCCCGGCGUCUCCGGAACCGGCGAUUCCUGCCUCGUGUGCGGAAAUUUGGGCACCAAGAAGUGUUCUGGGUGCAAGGCCGUUCGGUAUUGCUCACAAACAUGCCAAGCCACUCACUGGAAAUCUGGGCACAAGACGAAAUGCAAGGAUUUUCAGUUAUCAGGCAAGGCAAAUUUGGCUGACUCCACUACUCACUCUGGAAGAAAAGCUUCUGGUGUUGGGGUUAAUAAUUCUAAUGGAAUUGCCCUUGUUCCUAGUAGUGGAACCUCUAAGAUUCUUAAACAGUCGAAAGAGAUUCUUUUCCCCUAUGAUGAGUUUGUUGAAUUUUUCAACUGGGACAAGCCUGGAUUCCCUCCUUGUGGGCUUAUAAAUUGUGGAAACAGUUGCUUUGCCAAUGUAGUUCUGCAAUGUCUUGCAUACACUCGGCCACUUGUUGCCUACUUGUUGGAGAAAGGCCACCAGAAACAGUGUAGACGGAAUGAUCGGUGUUUUCUUUGUGAAUUUCAAGUCCAUGUUGAAAGAGCAAGCCACAGUCCUCAUCCCUUUUCACCAAUCAAUAUCCUAUCUAGGUUACCUUCUAUUGGUGGUAAUCUAGGCUAUGGAAAACAAGAGGAUGCUCAUGAGUUUAUGAGGUUUGCUAUCGAUACAAUGCAAUCAGUUUGCCUUGAUGAAUUUGGAGGUGAAAAAGCGGUUCAUCCAAGCUCUCAAGAAACGACCCUCAUUCAACACAUAUUUGGUGGCCACCUCCAAUCUCAGGUCAUAUGUACAAAAUGCAGUAAGAUAUCAAAUCAGUAUGAGAAUAUGAUGGAUUUAACUGUUGAAAUUCACGGUGAUGCUGCAUCUUUGGAGGAAUGCCUAGACCAAUUCACUGUCACAGAGUGGCUUCAUGGAGAAAAUAUGUACAAAUGUGACGGAUGUAAUGACUACGUGAAGGCAUCCAAGCGUCUUACUGUUCGACAUGCUCCAAAUAUUCUUACUAUUGCUUUAAAAAGAUUUCAGAGCGGGAGGUUUGGGAAACUUAACAAGAGAGUCACUUUCCCCGAGACUUUAGAUCUUAGCCCUUACAUGAGCAAGGCAGUUGUUGGUACAGAUGUUUACAAGCUAUAUGCAGUUGUUGUGCAUUUGGACAUGCUAAAUGCAUCAUUUUUUGGCCAUUAUGUUUGCUACACCAAGGAUUUUGGUGGAAACUGGUACAGGAUUGAUGACUGUAAGGUUACAAGGGUUGAAUUGGACGAUGUGCUCUCGCAGGGGGCUUAUAUGCUCUUAUAUAGCAGGGUUUGUGUUCGAUCAUCAUGUUUGAAGACCACGGAACCUUUUGAAAAAGAGAAUGAGCAAAUGGUGGAAGUGGCCCGAGAAGUGGAGCCUUGCUCAAAACAACCAGUUGAAUGCUUCACUAAAGCAGAAAAGAGUAAUCAUGUUGAGAGAUCCAGGUUCCUGCCUUCUGAUAGUAAUGCAUGUUCAAAGGUUUCUAACUGUGAAGAGUUGUCUUUCAGAACUAACUAUGAAAUUGUAAGAAAAGAUCCAGAGGACGUGGAUAUGAUUAAUCCUGAGUUAUGCUCACCAGUUUCAAGGGAUACUGAAGUUGUCAACAAUGGACAUUCUAAUCCUGAAGAAAUUGCUGUGCUUGUUGACCAUACCCCUAGAAUGGUUUCAGGUUUUGCUUCUUCAAGUGAGAUAUCUUCAACUGAAGUUCAUUAUCCAAAAUGCAAAUCAGUCUCUAGUUCUGAUGUUGAAGAGGGUGGCAGAGCCAAGAGCACUUGUGUGGAUGAGGUUAUGUCAUUGGCAUCUUCUAUCGAGAACUCUGUCCCCACUCAAAAUGGGGCCUGUGGAAGGGCUGAAACGUCUCAUGAAGUUUCUGCUGCUCCUAGAAGCACAGUUAAAGAAACCCUGGAUGAAACAAAACCUGUUAGUUCUGAAGGUUUGGCAAUUUCCUUUGUGGACAAUCUGGAAAGGAAUAAAUGGGGAAAGGAUUUACCAUCUUCUAGCUGUUGUACUGAUCAUGGUGGGGGAAAAUUGACAGGGCAGAACUCUUCCUCUGACACAAAGCUAAAGCCUUUAUUUUCUCCUGGUUUUCUUGGGAAGCGACCCCGGAAUAAAUCCACGAAGAGAGAUGGGAAAGCCUCAGAAGAAUGCCAUGAAGUUGCUACUGCCGGCAAGGUGAGCAGCAACUGUAAUGGAAUUGCCAAACCUGGUUUUCCUCAUCAAAGGAGUGGUGAGUUAAACAAUGAGGCACAAGCUCUUUCAAACUACAAUAAUUUACCCUCUUCUAGUUUUGUUGGGGAACAACCCCAGAAGAGUCUGAAUGAGGAUGAGAUGGUCAGCAUUGAAUUUAGUGAGUCAGUUAUUCCUUGUGAGGAAGAUGGUAAUUUUGUUACUGCCAAUGAGAGCUCUAAUAACAUUACUAUGGGGGGUGCAGAAGAAAGCAAGGGGCGAAACAAAGAUUGCUCCAUUAAUAGUGGCUCUAUCUGUUCUCUUGGUAAUCCAUUAGCUGAGAAAUUGUUGGCUAUUGAUGGGGAAGUUCAUGAAAGGGGUGCAAUCACUCAUUCUGGAUUAAUGGGAACAAAGUCCAAAGAUCUGGCUGAACGAGGGCUGUAACCUGUUGUGGACACAGUUAAAGGAUUAACAGGUUACCAUUCUGCUGGAAGUGUCUUAUUCAUUUUGAGAUUGAAUUGGAGAAGAUUCUGGAAACCAUGAUGAUUCCUGGUAAUAGACUUGCAGAAGCCUGACUGCGGUAGAACCUUGUAGUUAAUGAUAUUUCAGUUCAACGUGAAAAAAGAUGCCAGCGGCAAGAGCUAUGUUAUCUUAGUGGACUUGCUGUUAGCUGAAUUGGAGUGGUGUUCCUAUAUUCUGGAGGUUCAAAUGGAAGAGAGCAGACAUGACUUGUGACAAUUUAUAAUAAUGAAGGUGCAUUUUUUUUUUCUUUUACUUUUUAAUUCUUAUUUAUUUAUACUUUCUAAUGAUCCGAUCACCACUAAGGAGAAGGCUGAGCCGGUCAAUUUUUGUCUGAGGUUUCAUUAUUUGUAGAAAUCUUGGAUCCUAAUGUAUCAUUUUUAGGUAAACUCGUUUAACUUUGACAAUGCAAAGAUGUCAUUGGACAUUGUGGGGGGAAUACCCGUUUCUAAAUAAUACCACUUGUUAUGUCUCUAUGUUGUUA